AUGCCUGAACCCCACGUUUCCCGCUCGGAUCUUUCGAUCUCAAAAGCGACCCCUCUAGACGUCCCCGCAAUUAGAUCGAUGGUAGAUGCAGCCUACUCCAAGUAUAUCGAACGCAUUGGAAAGCUCCCCGCCCCGAUGGCGGCUGACUACCACCAAGUCAUUCGAGAAAAAGACGUCUUUGUGUUACAAGACCAGCACCAGAUGGUCGGAUCCAUCGUGCUCCACGACGAUCCCGCUUCGUCCUCAAUCAUCAUCGACAACGUGGUAGUUGAUCCCACGUCGCAAGGCAAAGGCUACGGGCGUGUUUUGAUGGACUAUGCGACGGAUGUUGCGCGGUCGCAAGGCCGGUCGGCGCUGACCCUGUACACGAACGUGAAGAUGUAUGAGAAUCUUGCGUUGUAUGCGAAGAUAGGGUUCAUGGAGACGGGUCGACGGACAGAAGAGGGGUUCGAGAGGGUUUAUUUUCGCAAGGAUAUAUAA